UCCAGUGACGAAGUAACAGGUUUUACGUAGUUAUACAAUGCGAACUCUUUUUUGACCCGCCUAUAAUUUUGCAUUUCGGUGGUGGUGAACGAAAGAUUGUAUUACUGUUAUUAGUGGGUGAGAUCUGAGUCAUUCAGUAGUUAGAAUAUAGUGUACGUGACAUCCAUUCCUAUCUAUCUACAAAUAUGUUCAUUUGGGACUGGUUCGCAGGAGUUUUAAAUUACCUUGGACUUUGGAAAAAAAGUGGUAAGCUACUGUUUCUUGGUCUGGACAAUGCAGGCAAAACCACAUUGCUUCACAUGCUCAAAGAUGAUCGACUAGCACAACAUGUGCCUACAUUGCAUCCAACAUCAGAAGAAUUAUCUAUUGGUAAUAUGAGGUUCACAACAUUUGACCUUGGAGGGCAUCCUCAAGCACGAAGAGUUUGGAAGGACUACUUCCCAGCUGUGGAUGCUAUAGUAUUUCUAGUGGAUGCUAGUGACAGGUCAAGGUUACCAGAAUCAAAAGCUGAGUUCGAUGCAUUGUUAACUGAUGAACAACUCAGUGCCUGUCCAGUUUUAGUGCUAGGUAAUAAAAUUGAUAAACCAGGUGCAGCAUCAGAAGAUGAACUCAGAAAUUAUUUUAAUCUGUAUGGUCAAACAACAGGCAAGGGAAAAAUUUCUCGUAAUGAAAUACCUGGUCGCCCAUUGGAACUGUUUAUGUGCUCAGUGCUAAAAAGACAGGGAUAUGGUGAGGGCUUCCGCUGGCUCGCUCAGUAUAUUGACUGAAUACAUACGAUAAUUUAAAUGCUCCAAUUCUCAGCAGUUUAUUACAUUUCCCUUUCAUUGAUUCAUACUGGACACCAGUCCCAAAGGUGUAUUAUCCUUUACGUGAAUUGUGCAGUAGGAAAGGAAUAUCAAGACAUGAACUGCAGUAACAGAUUCAAAACAGUGCAAACAAAUAAACAAGACAAUGUCUUAAAAACACUAUAUAAACACGCGAUACGACUCAUUUGUUUAAUUUUAAUGUGUGGAGCGUAUAAUAACAUCCUACAGGAAUUUAUUAAAUUCCAUAAAAGUUCUGUGGACUUCUAUUGUUUUGCAAAUCAUAUUAUGGAAGCACUUGACAUGCUGAAAGAUGAU